UUCACUUUCACUUUUGAUUUCAAAAUGUAGAAUGUUAGAAACAGUGAGUGAGUGAGUGAGCACAGCUUCAGGCUGAGAGAUGGCGUGGUGUGUGAAGAAGAAGCUUCAGUACUGCUGCUGUGGGUUUGGUGUCCUGUUUGUAAUCGUGGGCGUGACUCUCAUUCCUAUCGUUGAUUACAUUGUCAGGAAAGAAAUUGAAAAAACAGUGAUCCUCAAAGAAGGAAACUUGCUGUACAACACAUGGAGAGACCUUCCUAUUCCUAUCUACAUGCAGUUCUACAUGUUUGACUUAACAAACCCUGAGGAAGUCAAGAGAGGAGCCAAGCCAGAUGUUGUAGAAAGGGGUCCAUACACUUACAUAGAGAAGAGAAUUAAAUAUGAUGUCAUCCACAACAGUAAUGGUACUGUCACUUACAAGCAGAACAGGACCUUCCACUUCGCUCCUGAAAUGUCUGUGGGACCAGAGAGUGACAGAUUUAUAUCCCCUAAUCCAGUAUUCUGGAGCCUGAUAACUGCCCUUAAGUGGGAGGAGCCUGUAAUAAGUAAGAUAAUCAGUUAUGUGACAGCUCUCACGGAGGAAGAUGUCUUCAUGAAUCGCACAGUCAAGGAAUUAUUGUGGGGUUACCAGGACCGUGCUCUACAUAUAGCUAAAGGCUUAGCUCCGGACUGGUUCUACACAGACAUAGCUGGCUAUUUUAUAAAUAAAAAUGCCACCAAUGAUGGAGUCUAUACAAUUUUCACAGGAGAGAAUGACAUAACUAAAUUAGGACACAUAGACCAGUAUAACGGAUCUAGGUACCUGACUUGUUGGUCAUCAAAGUGGGCUAACAUGAUAAAUGGCACAGAUGCAACUAUAAAUCCACCAUUUGCAAAGAAAUCACGGGUGUCAUAUGCAUUUGCUUCAGAUAUUUGCAGGUCCAUUGAAGGCAUUUAUGCCGAGGAGGUGACAGAUUCCCAUGGAUUCACACUGUGGAGAUAUACGGCCCCUGACUCGUAUGUAGCUAAUGCCACCGUCAACCCCGACAACAAAGGAUUCUGUACCCCUAACUGUCUGGACAAAGGCCUGAUUAAUGUCAGUAACUGUCAAACAAUUGACUUUUUCCACAUCCCUGUUGCUAUAUCCUUGCCACAUUUUUACCUUGGAGCUGAGAAAUACCAGAAGGCUGUUAUAGGAAUGAGACCAAAUAAAGAAGAACACCAGACUAUUAUUGAUGCAGAACCAAAUAUUGGUUGGGUGCUCAGAGCUGCUAAAAGAAUCCAAAUCAAUCUGUAUAUGCAGCCAAUAGAAGGCUUUGACACCACCAGUGGGAUCACUCCGGUUUUCUUACCUGUCUUGUGGCUAAAUGAGAGUGCCGUGAUAGAUGAGAAGAAUGCUAAGAUGCUACAGAACAUGUUAUUCACGCCCCUCAAGGUGGUGCAUGUGAUGGAGAUAGUCCUCAUAUCAGGUGGCUCCCUCCUAGUAGUGGUAUCCCUCAUUUACAUCAUUUGUAAGAGGCAAAAAAGAAAAUGGGCACAGAAGGACAUUAACAGUGAUACUAGUCACCUGAUUUCUAAUGGGUCCUCACAUACAUAGGUCACAAUGUCAUGCAAUUCCAGAGACACAGAACAGUGUAUCAAAGUUUGCUUGAUGCAAAAUCUUACAUUCCAAUACAUGUAUUUAUAAGCAUUGGAUUCUCUGCUGAGUUCCACAAUGUAUCUCAUUGCCAAAAUUGGAUUUAAAAGCUACUAUUUGUAUAGAAACAAAAGCACAAUAACAAGUCCAAACUGUAUCCAGAGCUGCCAACCCUUACGAUUUUGGCGUAAGGCAUACGAAAUCAGUGUCUAAAAUACGCCUUACGAUUUCUCUCUAUAUUCUUCCGAUUUCGGUUUUUCUCAUUCAAAGUUUAUAAUACCAGUAUUUUCAUAGCUGGCAGUCUAUAGUUUCUACUAUUAUAAUAUACUCAUAAUGCUUACAUCGCUUGCUUGUAUCAUCAUUUCGGUUUUA